AUGUUUAAAUAACAAAUUUUAGAAUCUAGUAUUUUUUAAACAAUUCAUCAUCAUUUAGAAGAGCAAGUUCAUGUAAAAUCAAAUAAAUUUAUAAAACUUGAGACUGAAAUUGAAAUGAUUGAUAUGUCAUUAAAGUAAUUAUAAGAAUAAUAAUCUGAAUUAUUAAUAAAAUGUCUAAAGUAAUGGAUUAUAUCUGAAAAGUACUUUAAGGUGAUUAAGAUUUUGGAUAAUGUAAAACAUGAUAAUAAGAGAUUGUUGGAAUUACUCAAACUUUAUGAUAUGUUUAUUAUACAUCAAAGUGAAAACUCAGUUCAAUUUAUAUACAGUAAUAAAUUUAGUUAAGUUAAUUAAAAGUAAGAAGAUUACUUUAUAAAUCAAUCAUAAAUAACAUAUAUAUUUAAAUUUUCAUAAUUAGGUAACAUAAAUUAAUAACAUGAUCUAUUUGUGAAUGUGAUGAAAUUGAUUAAUUGUGUAUAUCCACUUUCUACAUUGACAUUUAAAUGGAUUCCAUAUAAACAUCUGAAUUUACUACUUGAUAGUUAAUCAUAAUCUUAUGAUAUUAAUGAGGUGAUAAUGAAAUUGUUUGAUUUAUUUGAUAUAAUAUAAUGGAAAUAGAUUGAUUAUAUGGAAAUAUUAUCUACAAUGAUACCAGAGUCAGAUAUGUUGAUGUAUAGGAGUCCUUAAGAGUUUUUUGAUUGUGCAUUAGGAAAAUAAAAUGUUUAUGAAUAAUAUUUGGAUGGGAAAUGUAUAUCAUUUAUGAAGGGUUAAUUUCAAUUUAAUUGUAUUUGUAAUUAAGAAUUUAAAUAAUUUUUGGUUUUGGGUAAAACAAGAUCAAGAUUGAUAAAUGUGAAAGAUCAAGUAAAGAUUGCAGAAUUAAUAAAUAUAAAUUGCAAAUCAAAUAAGAGUAUGAUAGUUUUUAUAGAAUCAGAGGAUGAAACAUUUGAUAUAGAAUCAUUUGAGUAAGUGUGUCAUUAAAAUCCAAAAUUGUUUAGAUCUCAACAUUUUUAGAUGGAAAGUUAAUAGAAUGCUAUAUUGAUUGAUAAAAUUGCAAUGUUAUAUCUUUCAAUGUAAGAUGAUCUUAGUAAUAUGUUCUCUUAACUUUCAACAGAAUAACAUGAGAUAAUUUAUAAUUCAUUUAGAAGUGCAUUGCUAAACAAAUUUGUAAUUGAUAAAUUAUGA